AUGGCCUCUGCCGACUACAACAAAGAACUGCACAUUGCACUCCUCGCCGUGCAGCGCGCCUCGCUCCUCACCAAAUCCGUCUUCCACUCCCACUCCAAGGGCACCCUCGACAAGGCCGACGCUUCCCCCGUCACCAUCGGCGACUUUGGCGCCCAAGCCCUCAUCAUCUCGGCUCUGCAGCACAAUUUCCCCGGCGAUGAGAUUGUGGCCGAGGAGGAGGCGAAGGAUUUGAGGGAGAAGAAUAGUGUGAAGCAGACGGUUUGGGAUCUCGUGCAGCAAGCUAAGUUGGAGGAUAAGAGCGGGGAGGAGGCGUUGGGUGGGGGGAUCAAGGAUGCGGAUAGUAUGCUUGAUAUUAUCGACAAGGGGGAUAGUAAGGGUGGGAGUAAGGGGCGGAUAUGGGCGAUUGACCCCAUUGACGGGACGAAGGGGUUCUUAAGGGGUGGGCAGUAUGCUGUCUGCUUGGCGUUGAUGGUGGACGGGGACGUGAAGGUCGGUGUGCUCGGCUGCCCGAACUUGCCGGUCGAUGAUUCCGAGGCUUUGACCGAGAACAUCGGCGCUGAUGCCUCGGAUGCGGAGGGUAAGGGUGUGCUGUUCAGCGCUGUGCAGGGCAAGGGCGCCGACAGCCGUCCACUCGGCAAAGGCGCGCUGGCGAAGGAGAGCAAGAUUAGCAUGAAAGCCGUGUCCAACAUCUCGGACGCCACGUUCUGCGAGUCCGUCGAAGCCGGUCACUCUUCGCAAGGCGACGCCGCGAACAUCGCGAAGAAACUCGGCAUCACGAAACCCUCCGUGCGCAUGGACAGCCAGGCCAAGUACGGCAGCAUUGCCCGCGGGGCCGGGGAUCUGUACCUGCGGCUACCGGUGAAGAAGGACUACGUGGAGAAGAUCUGGGACCACGCGGCGGGGGAUCUGAUUGUGCGGGAGGCAGGCGGGCAGGUGACGGAUGUGGAGGGGAAGAGGUUGGAUUUUAGUGUCGGGAGGACGUUGCAGAGGAAUAAGGGGGUGAUUGCUGCGCCGAAGGAUGUGCAUGAUACUGUUAUCAAGGCGGUGUCGGAGGUGUUGGGGGGGAAGUAG